CCAACGAAAGACAUUGUCGAAAAAGAAUGCUUACUGCUUUUCUUUGUGAUAGUUCAUAUGCGUCUCAUUUUUGUGUUGUAAGAGACUCGAACAUUGUUCGGUUUCCUUUUCGUAGUCAUGUUAUUCCAAGAAAAGUUCUUUCAGUACGAUAUACUUUGUCUAUUUUAACUAAACUAUGUUGCUCGAAUAAAAUUCGAGUGGUUGAUAAAGCAGACUCUCAUCUUUUGAUACAGAAAGCAGUAGAGAGCCUAUAUCCUAUAUUUCAAAGUAGAGACCAAAUAACCAAGAGGAAUUUAUUUAGGUUACUUGAGGCCUUUCGUCAACAUAGAGUGUCGCCUUCAAUGUUUUGGAGUGCUAACGGUUAUGGUCACGGAGAUUUGGGAAGAGAAACACUCGACCAAAUAUAUGCUUCUUUAUUCGAUUGUGAAUCCGCACUGGUUAGACUCCAAUUCUUUUCUGGAACACACGCCAUUGCUUGUUGUUUAUAUGGAAUCCUGCGACCUGGAGAUGAAUGGGUGUCCCUUACUGGUCCUCCUUAUGAAACCCUGGAACAAGUUAUUGGGUUGACAGGGAAUCAAGGCAAUGGAAGUUUGAAAGAUUUCCAAAUAGGCUUUCGACAACUUGACUUGAGAGCAAAUGGUGAAAUAGACUUGGAUGCAGUAUCAGGUUUCAUUCGUAAAGAGACAAAGCUCGUAUUCUUUCAACGUUCUUGUGGAUAUGCAUGGAGGAAGUCAACAACUAUAAGACAAUUAGCAAAAGCUAUUGCUCAUGUAAAACAAAUUCGACCCGAUAUUAUAUGCUUUGUGGAUAAUUGUUAUGGAGAAUGGGUAGAAGAAAUGGAACCAACUCAUGUAGGCGCAGAUAUUAUUGCAGGUUCGUUAAUCAAGAACUGUGGAGGUACCAUUGUUCCUUCUGGGGGUUAUAUAGCGGGAAGAAUGCAACUGGUAGAGUUGGCAAAGAGUAGACUCUCUGCACCGGGUAUUCAAGGAGGAGCAACAUUAGACCAUCUUAGAACCUUAUAUCAAGGUCUCUUUCUUUCUCCUCAAUUUGUUGGAGAAGCUAUUAAAGGUGCUUGCCUGAUUUCACAAGUUAUGAAAUCCUUAGGUUUUCCAGUUCAACCUCUUCCACAUGAUUAUCGAACAGAUAUCAUUCAAUCAGUACAGUUAGGAAAUUCUCAUUUGGUUUCAAGUUUUUGUGAAUCUGUGCAAAGAAUGUCACCAGUCAAUUCUUAUGUUCAACCUAUAGCUGGAAAUACACCGGGAUAUGAGGAACAAGUCAUUUUUGCCAAUGGUACAUUUAUAGAUGGCAGCACGAGUGAACUAAGUGCAGAUGGACCUUUGAGGAGUCCUUUUUGUAUAUUUACUCAAGGAGGAACUAGUUGGUUACACUGGCAAUUGGUUUUAGAAGAUUUCGUGUCUCGAUAUAAUGAAAAUCUAUCAUGAGACCAACUUGGUCUCUCUAGUUUCAACUAUGAACAAUAGCUUGAAUAUUAUCGUUAAGACGGAAUGGGUUAUCAAUAAAGAUAAAUAGGAAGAU